AUGGGUCGCGCGGGUCGCCCGCAGUACGACCGGCACGGUGUGGCCGUCAUCAUGGUGCACGAACCCAAGAAGCAGUUCUACAAGCGCUUCCUGUACGAGCCCUUCCCCGUGGAGUCCAGCCUGAGGGAGCAGGUGGCCGACCACUUCAACGCCGAGAUCGUUGCGGGCACCAUCACCAGCCGCCAGGACGCGGUGGACUACCUAACCUGGACCUACUUCUUCCGCCGCCUGCUGCAGAACCCCUCCUACUACGACCUGGGAGGCACGGAUGCGGAGUCGGUGAAUGCCUACAUGAGCGGCCUGGUGGCGGAGGCGCUGGGGCAGCUGGAGGAGGCGGGCUGCAUCACGCAGGGCGACGACGACGGCGAUUUAGGCGGCGGUGGCGGGGUUGUGCGCCCCACCCCGCUGGGCCGCAUCGCCUCCUUCUACUACCUGCGCCACCAGACGCUGCGACAGCUGGGUGGCGUCAUGCGGGGGGGCAUGGGCACCCGGGAGAUGCUGCAGGCCCUGUGCUCCGUCAGUGAGUUCGACGAGCUGCCCGUACGGCACAACGAGGACAAGAUCAACGCGGCACUGGCGCGGGAGGCGGGGGUGCGCUUCCCACCGGAUGCCAGGACCGCAGACGACCCGCACACCAAAGCGUCGCUGCUGCUGCAGGCGCACCUCUCCCGCCUGCCUCCCCCCAUCGCCGACUACCUGACCGACACCAAGUCCGUGCUGGACAACUCCGCCCGCCUGCUGCAGGCGCUCAUAGACCUGGCGGCGCACGGGGGCUGGCUGGACACGGCGCUAGCGGCAGUGAACCUCAACCAAAGCGUCACGCAGGGUCGGUGGAUCGACGACAGCAGCCUGCUGAUGCUGCCGCACCUGGAGGAGAGCCACGUGGAGGCGCUGGAGGCGGCGGGGCUGGGCUGCCUGCCUCUGCUGGUGGAGGCGCUGGCGGG